UUGCUGCUUCUCUCCCCAAUCUCCCUCUCGCUCGCGUCUUUAAACAUGGCGGCCAAAUUCUAUCUACACGUGCUACUGUUUGAUUCCUGAGUCUAUUAAAAGCUAUGGGGCGAUCAAGAAAGGGUUAUAACUGGAGAGCAAGACAAAGAAAUGAAGAGACRAAGUCCGAAAAAGUUGAAUCUUCAAAAAACACAGUUGUUCUUGAAGAUAGCUUGCAAAAAGAGGUUUAUAGCAAYUCUGUUGACGACACAAACGAGUUAAUAGUGGAAAACAAAGAAAAAGCUACACAUAAAACGAAACAAAAACUAGUGAAAGUCAAAAAGUUAUCGAAAAGUCAACGUAAACGUCUUGAGAAGGUCGUAGAGAAGAAGCAAAAAAAAGCUAGACGAGAAGCCAUUUUGAAGGAGUUAGAGAAACAUGCUGUUUCCCAAGAAGAACUAGAAAUGAUGAGCUCUGCCUCCAGACUUGGUCAACUAAACAGAAAAAGGAAGUUAUCUGAAACGGUCAAUGAAUUAAGUAAGGAAAUCGUUGAAGAUAAUGUCAUUUCUUCAAUUUCUAAGGGAAGAAAAAGAGCCAAGAAAAUUCGAUUGUUAGAAAGAGCUAUAAAACCCUUGCCUGUUCAAAGCGGUGUUACAGURGAUAAGCAUGAGUCAGAAUCAGACGAACAUGAAUCCGCCAGUGAUAAUGAAGACAGCAUUGACAAUAAUGAGAGUGACUGUGCUGAGAACAUUGAAAGGAACUCAGGUGAUGACAGUCAUUCCAUUGACAAUAUAGAAACUCCAAAAAGUGACAGUUAUAGUAUUAGCGAUCAAGAUAAAGAAACAAAUCAAGGGCAUUUGUCAAGUGGAAAGACCAAAGAAAUAAGUAGCAAUAUUCAAAAUACUGUGUCUCCAACCCCUUGCCCUGUAAAGCCUCGCAUACCUGCAGUCUUUGUUCAAGUAAACAGAGAUCCAGAAAUCCAAGCAGCAAGAUUACAACUUCCAAUUCUCAGUGAAGAGCAGUCAGUUAUGGAAGCCAUUAAAGACAAUGAUGUGGUUAUUGUUUGUGGUGAAACUGGAAGUGGAAAGACUACCCAGGUUCCUCAGUUCUUGUAUGAAGCAGGCUACACAAACAAUGGGAUGAUAGGCGUCACUGAGCCUCGCAGAGUAGCUGCAGUUAGCAUGUCUGAACGUGUUGCCAAGGAAAUGAACAUGGAUACCAGUAAAGUGUCUUACCAGAUUCGUUACCAAGGCAACUGUACAGAUGAAACAGUGAUUAAAUUCAUGACUGAUGGGGUCCUCUUGAAGGAAGUUGAGAAUGACUUUCUGUUGUCAAAAUAUUCUGUUAUUGUUGUAGACGAGGCUCAUGAAAGAAGUGUUUUUACUGACAUUCUUAUUGGUCUUCUGUCUCGUAUUGUACCAUUACGCAACAAACAAGGCAAAGAAUUAAAGCUAAUUAUCAUGUCAGCAACUCUACGCACUGAAGACUUCACUCAAAACACCAGACUCUUUUCCAAACCUCCAGUGAGUGUGAAAGUUGAUUCUCGACAGUUUCCUGUGACUGUACAUUUCAAUAAGAGAACGCCUGAUAACUUUAUUGAUGAAGCUUUUCGUAAAAUCUCCAAAAUCCACAGAACUCUUCCUGCAGGAGGUAUUCUUGUGUUUGUUACUGGUCAGAGUGAUGUCCAAAUUCUUUGCAAAAAGCUUCGCAGAUCAUUCCCAUUUCAUAAGGAUGGCAAAAAACAGGAUGGCAAAGAAASUGAACACAAUGAGUUUGAUUUGAAUCGGUAUCCAGUCCUUCCCCUGACUGAAGAAUAUGARCCUGAAGAUGAGGUUGAUGACUUUGAUGAGAAUGAGAGUUAUGAUGACAUGGAUGAYUCUGCAUAUACCUCCAUGGAAGACCACAGUCUACCAUUGUAUGUUCUCCCCUUGUACUCUUUGCUSUCCAACAAAGAACAAGCCAAGGUUUUCAAGGACCCUCCAGAUGGGACAAGGUUAUGUGUAGUGGCCACAAAUGUUGCYGAGACAUCACUGACAAUUCCUAACAUCAAGUAUGUAGUAGAUACAGGAAUGGUAAAACGCCGCUACUAUGAUAAAGUAACUGGAGUCUCGUCAUUYAGGGUUGGAUGGACAUCAAAAGCUUCAGCCAAUCAGAGAGCAGGUAGAGCUGGUCGUGUCGAGCCUGGACACUGCUACAGACUGUACUCUUCUGCAGUGUUCACCAAUGACUUUGAGGAGUUUGCUGAGGCAGAGAUUUCACGUCGGCCAGUGGAUGACUURAUGCUUCAGAUGAAGACCAUCAAUAUUAACAAGGUGGUCAAUUUUCCCUUCCCUACUCCCCCUAGUGACACUGCUCUACAAACUGCAGAGAGACUUCUCCUGGAUCUUGGAGCCCUGGAGAUGAAGAAAACCAUCAAAGGCAACACAAAUGCUGUCAUCACUGCUUUGGGGCGUACWAUGUCUAGUUUUCCUGUCUCGCCCAGGUAUGCAAAAAUGCUGUGUCUGGGACACCAGCAAAACUGUUUAGAAUAUAUCAUAGCUAUUGUAUCAGCCCUGACAGUCWAUGAGAUCUUCAUUGAUGACAUAAAAGCAGCAGGAUUUAGUGGCAACAAAGARGAAUUCAAGAAAAGAGUUGCAAAGAUAACACAACUCAGAAGAAGCUGGGCAGGAUUUGGUGAACCUCAAAAGCUGGGUGAUCUCAUGGUUCUUUUGCGYGCUGUAGGAGCUUGYGAGUAUGCAGGAUGUACYGAAAAGUUUUGCUUUGAGAAUGGCCUGCGCCAUAAGGGUAUGGUGGAAAUCAGAAAACUUAGAACUCAAUUGACAAAUGUCACAAAUCUUGUCAAUCCAAAUUCACAAGUUAAAGUUGAUCCUCARAUGAAACCACCAACUGUAGAGCAGUGUAAAGCAUUGCGUCAGAUAGUGCUGUCUGGGUUAGGAGAUCGUGUGGCCCGAAAGAUCCCUUCACAGGAGCUGAAGGACCCAAAGCUGAAAAAUGCUUACAUCUCUGAYUCCCUUGAAGAUCCAGUUUUCAUUCAUCCAAAGUCAGCCUUGUUUCAAGUGUUGCCUGAGUUUGUUGUAUACCAGGAAGUCAUGGAGACCACAAAGUUAUUUAUGAAAGGUGUCACUGYGAUUGAGCAAGAGUGGUUACCAGUAUUGCUUCCCAACAAGUGUUCCUUCUCCAAACCUGAAGAGAUCCCUCAACCUCGUUUUGAUGAUGAGUCAGGCACUGUUAAGUGUCACAUUACUUGUACCUUUGGAUCAAGAGCAUGGCAAAUCCCUGUACAAGAGCUCGAGUUUCCUUUUGGCCUUGACAGAUAUAGGUGGUUUGCAAGAUUUCUCUUGGAAGGAAAAGUAAUUCCAGCUUUGCUUGAGUAUGUCCCCGUCCUUCUCGGCACUCCAAUAUCAAUGAUAAAGUCAUGGUCUAAGCUACAACCAAGAACACAAGUGCUGCUCUCUGAGCUUGUUAGUGCUGAAGCUGACAACAGAGACAAACUUGUCAAAGCUUUCCAGRWGGAUAACAAGUUUCUCCUUAAUGCUUACAAACAGUGGAUACCACAAAGUAAACACAAAGAAUURUCAGCAUCAUGGCCUCCUUGUUAAAGAGACAGAACAUUUUGAUCAGAAUAGCAGCUAUCAAAGACAGUACUCAURGUGUAAAGAAAACCAAACAAUGAUACUAGCAGCAGAAGUWAUACUGGGAAAAUAACAACUGCUUUUCAGGCAUAUACAGUUUAAAAAAAUGAAUUUGUAUUUUUGACAUAUGAUCUAUCCAUACAAAAUAGGUUUUUGAAUUGAAAACAUUUUGAACAGACAUUUUAUAACUCUAGUUAUUUUAACUAAACCAGGGUGUUUUGACUUAUGUGUAAUUGAGUAGCAGUAUAUAAUAAAUUAACAAUUGUAAUUGUUAACAAAAUAUUAUUUCUAAUUUGAUACAAGCCUCUCCCAAAAAAUACCAUGUAUGGGAUUCCUGUGGUGAUGUAUUAGUAGUCUUCUCUCCUUGAACAUCACCACAGAAAUCCUGAAAAGAAUUUGUGCAUUUAUUUGUGCCAUACAACACUUUGCAAGAGGCUUGCGUUUAUUACCACAAGUCCUGGAUGAAAUGCCACCACUGUUCCUGGCACAGCAGAACUACCAACUAUAAAAACACCUAGAAAUGUUGAUUGUGAUUGGUUAUUGUCUAUUUAUCUAUGUACCUAUGACUAUUUAUCUAUGUACCUAUAACAAUUGUCAAAAUAUACCUUUUCCUGACUCAGAA